AUGAAGUCUACUGAUCUGUUCGAUGUUUUCGAGGAAGCUCCAGCUGAACUUGCUCGGGAAGAUAACACCAAUACGGACAAAGAUAGUAGUCAAGAUCUGCUUCAGGACAAGAAGCAUAACCUUGGUGAAGAAGAAGAAACUAACGAUGACAGUAAAAAAAUCAAAGCUAAUAAAAGUAAAACGGAAGGCAGAAAUAAGAAACCUGUAGUUCCAGUUUUGGCGGAUUCCUUUGAGCAGGAAGCCUCUAGAGAAGUGGAUGCAUCAAAGGGACUGACAAACUCCGAAACUCUACAGGCUGAACAAGAUGGUAAGGUUAGAUUAUUACAUCAAGUUCGCCAUCAAGUGGCAUUACCGCCAAACUAUGAUUACACACCUAUUGCUGAGCAUAAAAGAGUCAAUGAGGCUCGUACUUACCCAUUCACGUUAGAUCCUUUCCAAGACACUGCAAUCUCGUGCAUAGAUAGAGGUGAAUCUGUGUUGGUUUCUGCGCAUACAUCUGCUGGUAAAACUGUUGUCGCUGAAUAUGCCAUCGCACAAUCUUUGAAGAACAAGCAAAGAGUCAUUUAUACUUCUCCAAUUAAGGCUCUAUCAAAUCAAAAAUAUAGAGAACUGUUAGCCGAAUUUGGGGAUGUUGGUUUGAUGACUGGUGAUAUUACAAUCAACCCCGAUGCAGGCUGUUUGGUCAUGACUACCGAAAUUUUGAGAAGUAUGUUAUACAGAGGUAGUGAAGUCAUGAGAGAAGUUGCUUGGGUGGUUUUCGAUGAAGUGCAUUAUAUGAGAGACAAAGAAAGAGGUGUUGUGUGGGAGGAGACGAUCAUUUUAUUGCCAGAUAAGGUCCGCUAUGUGUUUUUAUCGGCAACUAUCCCAAAUGCAAUGGAAUUUGCUGAAUGGAUCUGUAAAAUUCAUUCCCAGCCGUGUCAUAUUGUCUACACAAACUUCCGUCCAACCCCUUUGCAGCAUUAUUUGUUCCCUGCUCAUGGGGAUGGUAUUUAUUUGGUUGUAGAUGAAAAAAGUACUUUCAGAGAGGAAAACUUUCAAAAGGCAAUGGCUUCCAUUAGUAAUCAGGUAGGAGAUGACCCAAAUUCCACUGAAUCAAGAGGUAAAAAGAACCAAACCUACAAAGGUGGUUCCGCUAAAGGUGACGCAAAGGGUGAUAUCUAUAAAAUUGUCAAGAUGAUUUGGAAGAAAAAAUACAAUCCAGUGAUCGUUUUUUCGUUCAGUAAGCGUGAUUGUGAAGAACUUGCAUUGAAAAUGUCUAAACUAGAUUUCAACUCUGAUGAUGAGAAGGAUGCUUUGACCAAGAUUUUCAAUAAUGCCAUUGCAUUGUUACCAGAAACAGACAGAGAGCUACCCCAAAUAAAGCAUAUUUUGCCAUUGUUAAGAAGAGGUAUAGGUAUCCAUCAUUCUGGUUUACUACCAAUUUUAAAGGAAGUCAUUGAAAUCUUGUUUCAAGAAGGGUUUCUGAAGGUAUUGUUUGCAACGGAAACCUUUUCCAUCGGAUUAAAUAUGCCUGCUAAAACUGUUGUUUUUACAUCUGUUAGAAAAUGGGAUGGCCAACAAUUUAGGUGGGUUUCGGGCGGUGAAUAUAUUCAAAUGUCUGGUCGUGCUGGUCGUCGUGGUUUGGAUGACCGUGGUAUCGUCAUUAUGAUGAUCGAUGAAAAAAUGGAACCACAAGUGGCUAAGGGUAUGGUCAAGGGUCAGGCCGAUAGAUUGGAUUCGGCUUUCCAUUUAGGAUACAACAUGAUUUUGAAUUUGAUGAGAGUGGAAGGUAUAUCCCCAGAAUUUAUGUUGGAACAUUCCUUCUUUCAAUUUCAGAGUGUUAUUUCAGUGCCAGUCAUGGAAAAGAAACUUGCUGAAUUGGAAAAGGAAUCUAAUGAUAUAGAGGUCGAGGAUGAAGAGAAUGUUAAGGAAUACUACGAAAUUGAGCAAGCCAUCAAGAGUUACCGGGAAGACGUUCGUCAAAUCAUCACGCAUCCAGCGAACGCUUUAAGUUUUUUACAACCGGGUAGAUUAGUUGAAAUCUCCGUCCAUGGUAAGGAUAAUUAUGGCUGGGGUGCUGUUGUUGAUUUUGCCAAAAGAAUCAACAAGCGCAAUCCAACUGCUGUCUACACAGAUCACGAAUCCUAUAUUGUGAAUGUGAUGGUGAACACUAUGUACAUAGACUCCCCAGUCAACUUAUUGAAACCUUUCAAUCCAACUUUUCCAGAAGGGAUUCGUCCGGCCGAGGAAGGUGAGAAGAGCAUAUGCGCCGUUAUUCCUAUAACGUUGGAUUCGAUCAAAGCAAUUGGUAAUUUGAGGUUAUACAUGCCUAAGGAUAUAAGAGCUAGUGGCCAAAAGGAAACUGUCGGAAAAUCUCUAAAAGAAGUUAAUCGUAGGUUCCCAGAUGGUAUUCCCAUGCUCGAUCCUGUCAAAAACAUGAAGAUAGAAGACGAAGACUUUUUAAAGCUAAUAAAGAAGAUAGAUGUUCUCGGCACAAAGUUAUCAUCCAAUCCCUUGACUAAUUCCAUGAGAUUAGAUGAAUUAUACGGUAAAUACAGCAGAAAGCAUGACUUACAAAAAGACAUGAAGCAGUUAAAGCACAAAAUUUCAGAAUCGCAAGCUGUUAUCCAAUUGGAUGAUCUUCGUCGCCGUAAGAGAGUUUUGCGUCGUUUAGGAUUUUGCACUCCUAAUGAUAUUAUUGAAUUAAAAGGAAGAGUUGCGUGCGAAAUUUCUAGUGGUGAUGAAUUAUUACUGACAGAAUUGAUUUUUAAUGGUAACUUCAAUGAGUUGAAACCGGAACAAGCAGCAGCAUUGUUAUCGUGUUUUGCAUUCCAAGAGCGUUGCAAAGAAGCACCUAGGUUGAAACCAGAACUUGCUGAACCUUUGAAGGCUAUGAGAGAAAUUGCGGCCAAGAUCGCUAAGAUUGCGAAGGAUUCCAAGAUAGAACUUGUAGAGAAGGACUACGUUGAAAGUUUCAGACAUGAACUAAUGGAAGUUGUCUAUGAAUGGUGUAAAGGAGCCACGUUUACACAGAUCUGUAAAAUGACCGAUGUUUACGAAGGGUCGUUGAUCAGGAUGUUCAAGAGGUUAGAGGAGCUGGUAAAAGAGCUCGUGGACGUCGCCAAUACCAUCGGAAACUCUUCCCUCAAGGAAAAGAUGGAAGAAGUCUUGAAACUAAUUCAUAGAGACAUUGUUUCCGCCGGGUCUUUGUAUUUAUAG